AUGAUUAGUCAUUUCAUUCGAUUGUUGGUGAUAUGCACCAUAUUUUUCACGGCAACCGCCCAAGAACGGUGGUCUUGGUCGGGCGGUGGAGACGGCGAACGGCACAAUGAUGUGAAAAGCAAUACUGACCGAUUUAAUGUACGUAGCGAUGUGUUAGAGUUUCAGGGUGUAGGAUCUAAAGCUCCAACAUCUAAUGGCAAAAGAAAUUCAUUUUCAGAAAGACAAAGUCGAUAUGAAGUGAAGGAAACCACCACCAAACGACCAUCAUUCUCGAGGCCCCAGAAUGAUGAAUUUUCCGGAGAAUUUGGAGAAGGAAAUCAAUCGAAUGAUUUUGGGUUCAAUCAAAAGUUUGGCGGUGGGGGACUUAUUAACGGGCAGUUUGGACCGAACCCGUACGGCAUUAACCCUGGACUACAGGGUGCGGGCGGUUUCCCGUAUCAUGGUGGGAACGCACUGGGCGGUGGAUACUAUCCCGGUCAACAGCACUUCGGCGGUGGAUACGGUGGUCUGGGCCAAGGAGCCGGUGGUAAUGGAAUUCUCGUGGGCCCCGGGGGUCCAACCGGUAUCAUCGGACGUCCCUAUAACCGGUUUCCGUACGGCGGGCACGGAUACUAUCCCGGUGGGAAUGUACAGCAUCCCUAUGGUGGAGGUUUCGGAAAUCCGCUAUUCAAUGGACAUCCGGGUGGAGUUUUCUCGCCCGGUGGUUAUCCCUCGGGAGGCUACUUUCCGCAACCUUUCGGACCAGGUGGGAUAGGACCAAGACCGUUCGGUCCAUUCCCGGGUGGAUCUCAAUUUGGUCCACAGUUCGACCAAACCCGUCAGGCAACCAAGAAGGUGGAAAAGAAAUCGAUCUAGAAGAGCAACGUGAAGCACCACUUCAGCGCCACUGGGAUUGUAUUGCAGAGAAGUUCGUUGUUUCGUUGUAGCAAAAGUCCAAGGCGUUUGAGAGUGUUUUUUUGUUUUGUUGUUAGCUUUCCUACGCAAGUAUUGUUACUUACCGAUUGUUGUUAUGACGAUGAUGGAA